CUUCACCGUUCUGCAAAUGGUUAGAAGUUUAAAUACUGGCGGAAUCAAAAGGCAUGUCCGUGCUGAACACCCAGAAAUUACAAAAGUUUUUCUGCCUCUCUCCUAUUUGCCAGGUUUUAGGACGUCUCUUCAAAUUUCAGUUGUCGUUCAGUCGUAACUCUCACUGACAGACUGUGAAUCCAAACAGUUAAAUCUCACCAGAAGUUAUACAAUUUAUUUAAAAAAAAAUAACAAAAAAAAUCCACUAAUCGGUGAAUGAAUCUUUCAAAAGAUACUCAUAAAUUAGCCAGAUAUGCCAGACUUUAGCAAAAUUUUCCCAUCAAGGGUUCAGAUCGCAUCCAAAUAUUUACAGCAACAGCAAAAGAGCUGCACUCGCCUCACUGGAAUGUAUUUACUUGUGCUCCUGGAAUGAUAUUGAUGAAUGAAGACCGAAUUUAUCUCAUUAAAGCCGUGAUAUUUUUAACCUAAUUAAAUGCCGUCUCUAGUUCAAUUGAUUGAACUUUAGUGGUUAAAAGUGAGCGGUUUCUUGCCAUCUGUAUGGUUUUACAUGCAUACGUGUAUAGCUUUACAUACAUAGGCGUGCGCUGGCGUCUGUGCGCGCAUACGUAUGCACAGAGAUAUAUGUUGAGCCUUGAAAGUGAAUGAGAAGUUACUGAUUGCCUAAUUUUAUUCAGCAGAACUAAAUUCUGGUAACUUUUGGGUGACCUCUGCGAGACAAAGGCAGAACAGAUCUAUUGUACAACAUAUUACCCUCUUUUUGGAUGGCUUUGCUUUCCCUCACCUCCUUAUCAGUUUCCUCCCUUUUAACCCCUCUUCAGCUCCUCACUCCGAAUAUUUCUUUCGGUAUUUUACUUAAAGCGAGGUAACAAACCCCGGUGGCGGUCGCAGAUGGGAAAUCAGACGGCAGAGCACAGUCAACCGGGGCGGAGGGCCGCCAGCUCAGACAAAAGGCUGGCCGUACCUGCUGGCCAAGGGGAGCACCGCUGCCCCAGGGGUGCCCCAGCACCCCCGGCACCUGCUCGGGGGGUGCGACCAGUCGGGGAGGGGGGUCAUUCGGUUACGGGGAUAUUCUGGGGUGAAAUCCGUGGAAACACUGAGCUGCGGCGAAAUCCGGUGAUGGGCUCCCGGCUCCCCAUUGGCCGGGCCGGUCACAUGCCCGCCUAACUUUAUUCAGUUGACAGCAAGUAGGAGGGCUCUAUGGCAGGGGGAAAAAAGACAACACGAGAAAAAUUAGUAUUUUCUACCUUCAGAAAUUAAUGGCCAUGAGUUCGUACAUGGUGAACUCCAAGUAUGUGGAUCCCAAAUUUCCUCCUUGCGAGGAAUAUUUGCAGAACAGCUACCUAGGCGAGCAAGGGGCCGAGUACUACAGUGGCUCGCAGGGCUCUGAUUUCCAGCACCAGGGACUCUACUCACGGUCAAACUACAGCGAGCAGCCCUUUAGCUGUAGCAAUGCCCAAGGCUCUGCCGUGCAGCCGCGGGGUCACGGACAGGAGCAAUCCGGCCCGGCGAGCCACUUCCCCGGCCAAGCAGAGCAUUGUCCACCGCCUCCAAUGCCCAACUCGCGAGCCUGCAGCCAGCAGUCGGCCCUCAAACCCCCCCACGGGUCGGCACUUAAGCAGCCAGCAGUAGUUUACCCCUGGAUGAAGAAAGUCCAUGUUAACUCGGUGAAUCCCAAUUACAACGGAGGGGAACCUAAACGCUCCCGCACAGCUUACACCAGACAGCAAGUCCUAGAACUGGAAAAAGAAUUUCAUUUUAACAGGUACCUGACCAGGCGCCGCCGUAUCGAGAUAGCCCACACUUUGUGUCUCUCUGAGCGCCAGAUCAAGAUCUGGUUUCAGAACAGAAGAAUGAAGUGGAAAAAAGAUCACAAACUGCCCAACACGAAGGGCAGGUCUUCUUCCUCUGGUUCAAACUCCCAUUUACAGACUGGUUCCAAGGACCAUCAGACUGACUUGACAACUUUGUAGAAGAGGUGAAAUUUUCCAUUUCAUCCUUCGCUUCUGACCAGUACUGUACAUAACUGACACUGCCAAGCAGAACCUGCAUGUAGCAGCUAAGGACUCGAGAAACUGUCAUCUUUCUUUAAGGUACUGUUGUACAAAGGAGACAAAAUGACGCUACUUUGGACUUUAUUUUAUUUGCCUCUGCUAGCACAACCUAAAAAAAGAAAAAAGGGGGGGAGGAAAGAAAGAAAGGGAGGAAAAAAAAGAGAGAAAAGAAACAUAAUGCAGGCAGUGGGAAUUAGGAAAAUAUUAAACGAGACCUUCUGUCCAUAAAAAGUAAUAAAUCAUUGAAAAUGAAACUGUCCUGUGUUUCAGUUUUGAAUUCGAAAGUGAAGGUUUGAUGCUUUAUACUGGGGUUUUUACUUUUAAUUGUCUUUUUCUCCCAUGCAAUUUCGGGAUGAUGCAUCUGGGCAAGUUAAGGACAGGAAAUUUAUAGCGUAGUCUUAUUUGAACAUGAAGACUACUAAUUGUGAACUUUUUUGCUGCUUUACCUUUCUUGGUGUAAUGAAAAUACUUGCUCAUUUCCAUAACGUCUCAGAAGGUGUGCAUAGGACUUCAGUGAAAACGGGUUAUUCUAUGUACUGAUAGUGUUAGUAUAUUUAUUUAUUUGUUAAGUAGAAGAGUGAAGAUAAAAAGAAAAAUAGUAAAACCAAAAAACAGGGAAGGGGAGUUGAAAUACAACAUUUCUCCUUCCCAGUCUCAUGAACUCAUGUAUAAUGUUUACUUGUCUUGAACGUACACAACUUUCUUGUCCUUUUUUUUUUUUUUGUCAUUUCCUUCUUUGUGAAUAGGAAAAGCAUCCCUGCUCCUUACUGUGUGCCAUCUAGGGCUAGAAGGCUUGAAAUCUGUUUCCAAAGCCUGCUCUGCUCAGUGUUGUGCUUUAAA